AAGUUGGAGCAAUCUGACAACGAGGUUGCUGUUGACGUGAAAUUCUGCAGACAUGGUGCUGGUCGAUACAGUAUGUCAGAGGAACACGAAACUAGCGUCUUAAAUAUUUCUGCAGAAUUAAGUAUUUUGACUUUAGACAGGAUGACUGAGCAAUGUACUGAGGAGGAAGCAGUGCACCCACGGAAGAGACCAAGAGUGUCGCAGUCCGACAGUGAGGAUGACGUUCUAAACGAGGUGUUAUCCGAUUUGGGGGACUCCCCAAAGAGGCGUUGUUUUAAGGUAAAGGAGGAUGAUUACCAGAAUCUGGAACCCAGUGAGCUGAUUAAGUCUCCACUCAAACACUGCCUCCACAAAAUGAAGAGAGCCAAGCUAGAUACCCCGGCUAUUCCCUCUGUCAUACUCCGGGUGGUCGCUCGGGGGAGGCAGAAGCAGUGCGACUUGAAAGAUGACAGUAAUGAUGCAGACUGCCUCCACCCUGUACAGUGCUCCACCCCUUUGGUCCAGCAUGUGAACUCUGGGUCUGUACCUAGUGUCUCCCAGGGCUGGCGGGCUGAUUUAGACUCUGCACCGGACCUGAUUUUCAGCACCCCAUCAGUUGGGCGCAUUGUUGGAAAGGGCCAGUUGGUGGAGAGCGUGCUGCAGCCUGUGUUGGAGACUCCCUCCAAACAUGAAAGGGGUGAGGAUUUUGGAGAGAUUCCAGGUGCCCCUGACUCUGCAGUAGAACUCGGACCUGUAGGAACAGGCCGCUUUUCAUUCCGCUCUGUGCUGGAGAAGUUUGAGUUCAGAUCUGAACCGGGUACUCCCUCGUCUUGCUCCUUUAGACCCUGUUCCCUUUUCACCUCAACCCGGGCAAUCCAGGAGAAACUGCUCAACAACACUUUCCCCAGCACAUUCAAGGAGGGCCUCCUUCGCAAGGAGCGGAGGGAGGAACUUUCUUUGCUGAGGGCACAAUACAAAAAGGACAAUCUCUGGCUCCGAGAGAAUGGGGCUGGGUCUGGCUUUUUGGAGACCUCUUCUUUGGUUAUCCCACAGGCAAACCGGGUGACAAAACGGAUCAAGCGAAACCUAUGGCCACCUAGUCCCAAAGAAGCCGUGGCAGAGUCAGAAGAUUCUGGGAUUGGACAAGAGAUGCACUCCAGCCUGACUGAGGAGAGGGUGGCAGCAGUGUGAAGCACCUUACAGGCACACCAUAGGCUGAAGAUAAAAUGAGGAAGAACCACUGGCUGUCAGAAUACCUCUGGAUAUUUCAAAAUGGAGCAUCUGUUUUAUGUGUGCAAUUUCAUAUUUAAGAAUAUAUAUAUUAAAGGUUAUUUGUGUAUAGGGACUGUUAAUUUUGUGAUCAUAAUCCUGAUGAAUUACUUUGAAAUGUUUGUCUAUUGGGUUUUGCUGUGUAAAAGAACAGUGGUGCGCAGUUGUGGAGAACAGACAGAAAUGGAAAGAUCCCACACGUUUUGAAAUAGAUGAAAACA